UUUAUCGCUUUAUCCAAAACCAUUAUCAGAAGUGCAAAAUAAUUAGUCUCAUCUUCUUCUUAUCAUCACUUUGCUGAAGAGCUCUCUAAUGGCUUCCACUUUCCUUCCAUCUCUUUCUCAACCAAAUCCACUCUUCACAAACCAGAACUUAUCUCAAUUCUCCAUAAACCCAUCAAUUAUAAUCAUCCAAAACCCACAAAAAACCCAUUUCUUCUCCAUCAAAUGCACUUCAACCUCAUCCCCAGAACCCACCAUUAAUGAAGAGGACCCCCAAAACCCUACUCCUUACUCCACCACCUUGAACAACUCAGAAACCUUACCUAUUGAAAAGAGAAGAAGAUCUGAAAUACUGAGAGAAAGAAAGUUAAAACAAGAACUUACAAAAGCUGAGCCGCCGAAUUUUGAGAUAGGGUGGAAAAGGACUAAACAGAUUGAGGUUGAGAAGCCAAAAGGGUAUGUGAUAAUGGAUUUCUUGGGGAAGUUGGAGGAGCUGAUGGGAAAAGAGUUUGGUUCAACAGCUCUUUUAGCUAAGGCUGGAGAAAUAGUAGCAGAGAGAGCAAGAGAAGAGGCAGAGGUGUUGAGAGAUGAAGGGGAAGUAGAGGAGAGAAUGGUUACAGAGUUGUUUAGGGUUUUGAAGUUGAUGGAAAUGGACUUGGCUAUGGUUAAAGCUGCUGUUAAAGAAGAGACUCUUGGUGAGAGGCUUGAGCAGGCCAAGGCUAGAUGCAGGCAAGCUAUACUUGUUGCUAAUUCCUUUUAAACAUUAAUAAUAAUGGUUGAACUUCUUUGAAUCCAGCUUAGUUUUUAUUGCAAUCCUAAAAACUCUUUUAAUUAUCAAGAAUUCAUGGGUUGCCAAGAAUUCUCUCUCCUUCACCAUGAUUAUCAUUGCCAAUGUUUACUCUUUUUCUAAUUGUAAGUAUGAGGCUACAACUUCUAAUUGUAAGGAUAAAGUAUUUGGCUGUAACAAAAUCUUCUUGAGCAUGGAUAGUUGCUUGUUUUUGUUCAAA